AGGAAGCUGUGCAAGAAGGUCUCGCUGUUCCUGUGAUCACUGAUAUUUGAGAGCCACGGGUCUCCCAUGGCUCCUUAUCACAUCCGCCAGUACCAGGAGAGGGACCACAAAAGGGCCCUGGAAUUGUUCUCCAGGGGCAUGAUAGAACAUUCCUCUGCUUCUUUCCGCCGUAUGUUAACACUGCCCCAGAUUCUCCUGACCUUACUUGGGAUACUCCUGACCAUAGUCCUGGUUUAUGGCUCCUGGCUCCUGGCCACACUGUGCUGCCUCUUUGUACUCCUUUGUCUGAGGCUUUUUGACUGGCUUUUUUGGAGAAACUAUGUGUCUACAUCUUUGCAAGCAGACAUGGCUGACAUCACUAAGUCAUACCUGAAUGCACGUGGCUCCUUCUGGGUGGCUGAGUCUGGGGACCAGGUAGUGGGCAUCGUGGGUUGUCUGCCAGUCAAGAAUCCACAAUUAGGAAGGAAGCAGCUGCAGCUCUUUCGCCUGUCUGUGUCCUCACAGCAUCGUGGACAGGGGAUAGCAAAAGCACUGGUCAGAACUGUCCUC